AUGCAGCGAAAAAUCAUUAAAAGCACGUGGUAACAAAAAUGGAAUUAUGACAACAAAACAUCAAUUUUAUGAUAGUAACGGUUUUAAACGUCACAAAAUCUUUUCACUCGAACCGUUUUUCAUCACUCUCUCGAGAAGCACACGUGGUUACAAAAAUGAAAUAACGACAACAAAAAGAUCAAUUUAACGAUAAUAACGAUUUUAACCGUUCCAAAAGACUAACGAACAUUUUAACGAAAACCCACGUCCCAAAAUCUUUUAACUUGAACCCUUUUGCAUUCAUCCGUUCUUCAUUUUGCAGUCUUUGAUUCUGGGUUGCUUGAUUUAUGGAUAAAACAAAAGUCCAAAUUCUUUAAACGAAUUGCUUGUUUGAAUGAGCUCAUGAGUUUCUGCACCUUUACCAGCUAAGAAUCCGAGUGAUUUAAGGAAGAACACGACAGGGAAAAGGGUUUUUCUUGUUUUGUCUUUGUUCUUAUACUCUGUCAAAUUUACUGUUUUAAGAACAUCCAAGAACAGAAUCCUCUCUCUCUCAUCCUUUAACCAUCUUCUUCCUCUCUCUCUCUCUCUCUCUUCUGUUCCAUUAAGCUUCAAAAAUGGCUUCCUGUUUGGAUAGCUUCCUCCAUUACACAACUCCAGUAGCUCAAUCCCAAUUCCUUCUCAAGCCAGAAAUCAAGAAGCUCAAUCGUUUCUGGCAUCCACUUGAGAGAGAAAAAAUUGAGUAUUUCACUUUGAGUAACCUCUGGAACUGCUAUGCUGAAUGGAGUGCUUAUGGUGCCAAAGUUCCAAUCACUUUAAGCGAUGGAGAAUCAUUGACUCAAUAUUAUGUUCCAUAUCUCUCUGGCAUUCAAAUCUUCACUUCUUUUAGGCUAAAAACAGAGUCUGGCAAUGGAGAAACAGGGGAUUCUUGCAGUGACUGUCACAGUGAAGCUGGAAGCACUUCCUCAGAUGAUGAGGAUCGAUUGGGGUAUCUUUACUUUGAGUUCAUUGAGAAAUCAACGCCGUAUGUAAGACUUCCUUUACUGGAUAAGAUCAAUGAAUUAGCUCGGAGAUUCCCAGGUUUGAUGACACUAAGAAGUGUGGAUCUUUCUCCAGCGAGCUGGAUGUCUGUUUCUUGGUACCCAAUUUAUCACAUUCCAAUGGGAAGAAAUAUCAAGGACUUGAACACUUGUUUCCUCACUUAUCAUAUUCUCUCGUCUUUGUUUCAAGAUAAGAAGAUGGAGUGCAAUGGAAUGACGACGCAACCGAAGAGGGAACCAGGGGAAGGGAUACCGUUGGCACCAUUUGGGGUGGUGACGUACAAGAUGCAUGGGAGCCUAUGGAUGGCGGGCAACAACGGUCGGGAUCAAGAGAGGCUCGUGUCACUGUCGAGCGUGGCGGAGUCGUGGCUAAAACAAUUAAAGGUUCAACACCACGACUUCAACUUCUUUACAAGCAUGCGUCGUGGCUAACACACAAUGAAUCAAUGAAUCAAUCAAUCAUCGUCCUGUCGAGUCCUGUCUCGUCUCAAUAUAAUCCAUUUUUUUUUCUUUUUUGUUCGUGGGGUCCUUCCAAAUGAAUUAGAAACUUUGGUCGAGAUAUAUCACACAGAAUGGGUAAGAGAGAGACUAAUAAGAAUUGUUGCGGAAAGACGAUGAUUUGCGUACAUGAAAAACGGCAUCAAUGAUCAAUAUAAAAAUAGGCCGAACAUUAUAAUAUUUCAUCCCA